AUGGCACGGUCUAUACGGCGACAAAGCAAACCCAUUGACCAUAAGUCGGUCUCUACACUUCGUGUACGGAUGCAUGUCCUGACUAUCACAGCGUCGUUGAUCGCAACUGUCCGCGCAGAGUAUCGCACAAUGACAAACAGGGAGGCCGAUAACUUGUUGCAAUUCCACCGGCGACUUGAGGCUAAAUUGGAAAACCUGGAGGAACAGAUUGAGCGGCUUCAGUCUGUGCGCGAUGAAGUUGAACGAGGCAAACAGCUCACGAGGCCGGACCCGAAUAUUCCUCGCAUCAAACGCUACAUGCUUCAGGCUGAAGCAGUUAUAGACGUUGCACAUGUUGUUCGACGAGAAGCACAACAAAUUUUGGAUCUUAGACUCAAUCAUGCAACCGAAGCCGGACUGGUCUGGGUCCGCAACUUAUUGAGAGAAUGUGGAAACCUGGAGGAACAACGUCUUGAGGAGAUCAAAGUGGCGGAGCAGGCUUUGCAAAAGGCAGAUGGAGGACGGAAGAUGAUGCGCCCCCACGAUGCUCGGGAGAGGCGCGUAGAGUCGCUGAAGCAAAACUUUGUUCACGAACCUCUCGACCCUAAUCACUUCAUGGGCCAGUGGGAAGCAGUGAUCUAUCUAUGCGGUGGAAUAUCCCAAGCUGGGCUCUGGGUCCUGCACAAUCAACACGGUAAAGUCAUCGAUCGCAUCGUCCGAAAGAAUGACUACAUGGACUACCGCAAAUGGUUCAGUACAGAUCUAUGGCAUGGGCAUUCAAAAGACUUCCAGAACCGAAUACCGCUCGAAUUCUGGCUGCGAAAUAAAUGCUGCAAUGUGUCUGACAAGCAUUUCGCUCGCAUGCGCGCGUGGUCCCAAGAUCACCAAAACAUGGUUCUAUCGCUGUAUGUUGAGUAUUGCUCCUUCGAAGACCUAGGUGCGAUCCAGCAGGGCUAUCUUGAGCCACCAGCCCAUUUCGUCCCAGAAGCAACAUUGUGGAUGAUUUUCAAACAUCUGGUCGAAUGUUGCCUUGUCAUGCGACAAGGUGGGAUCCGUACAGCGGAUCCGGACUGGCAGCAGAUUGUUCACAGAGACAUCAAGCCCCGUAACGUGUUCAUGGACGAUGCAGCGAAAUCAUACUUUCCUCGUUACCCAACACCGAAGAUGGGUGAUUUUGGAUUGGCCAUUCAGACCGAUGAAAAAGAUCCCAUGAAUCCACAGUUUUACAACCGUGGUGCUGGUACCAGGCCUUAUAUGGCCCCAGAACAAAUGCCAUACGUGAACGAUAAGACUAACGAACCGAUGGACGAUUGGCAACUGCUGGACUAUACCAAUGUCUACGGCAUCGGGGCGCUGAUGUACUCUCUCUUGAUCGGUGGCUUGCACAGGCACCAACAACCCGACUUUCUCGAUGAACGGGAGAAGUGGGAGACCACUAACGAUGCGGAUGACUUUUACAGCAGGACUCUUCGAGAUCUCAUCAUGUCAUGUAUCGAAUGGCGUCCUUCCGACCGAAAGACGCUGGAUGCUCUUCUGGAAGAAGUCGAAAGCGCCAUCAACACCGUGGACUACCUCAAUCGCGCUGCGAAAGGGGUUCAAGAAGCCGACGACUAUCAUGACCUCUGGUACCAAGCGGAUCAAUACCGCCUAGAACUUGCGCAGGAUUCUUCAUCCGACACUUGGGAGAAAAGAAGUGAGGAUCAGGCACCCGGUGCUUCUGAUCCACCUUCGACUGAUGUGGAGAUUGUCAUGCAAGAUACAUGA